CUCACUUCUUUUCACCUGAGACCAUAAGAGAGCAGAGAAGAAGAUCACCAGAAGCGUAGAACGGUAGAAGCUAUAAGACGUAAAGAUCGGAAGAGAAGACACAUGUCGUCUGAGAAACGAUCUUCAAGAGCACAAGGAAUGGACACAAGGCCGCCAUUGUCGGAGACCGAGAACAUCUCUUGCCCACGUUGCCACUCCACCAACACCAAAUUCUGCUACUACAACAACUACAACCUCUCCCAGCCCCGUCAUUUCUGCAAGUCCUGCCGCCGUUACUGGACCCGCGGCGGAUCCAUCCGUAACGUCCCCGUCGGCGGCAGCCGCAAGCCCUCCUCCGGUAAACGCUCCCGUGCCGCUCGCGCCGUGACUUCCUCUUCCCCGACACGCUCUGUUCGCUCCCCUGUUCCUGCGGUUCUUGGGUUGUGUACCGGGUCGGGUCGCGACGUGAAUCUGAACGAGACGGUGUCUGGGCCCGAGACCGCCGGGAGUUUCACAUCUCUCCUCAGCUCCCCGGCGGUGGACAGCGGUAUUGAGUAUGUGUUUGGGUCGAAUGGGUUGGAUUACGGGUUCGGGCUCUGCGACUGGGCGGCAGAUGAUAUAGUCGGUGAAGCUGCUGGCGGAAGUGUCAUCGGAAGCGUGGCUACUACAAGUUGGAACCCAUGGCGGACUAGCGGCGGAGGGAUGGCUGAAGGCGGCCUCGCCGACGUCGGUGAUUGUUUAGGCUGGCCGGAACUCGCCAUUUCUGCACCCGAAAGGAAACCUUGAAUCGGCUAAUGAAAAUCAUGGAAGGUUAAUUGUGUUGAACCAUGCGUAUCUGAUAUUAUGAUCUUUGGUUUGGUUCUUUAAUUCCGUUUUACAUGUCCGGUUAAUUAACUGCUCAAAAUUUGUAGG